AUGGUUCGUGCAAGCUCACGCACGUCUGCGGGCAAGCCCCCUGGGUUCUAUAAGGAGUCGAGACUGGCAACCAUCAAUAACGAGGCAAAUUCCUCUGGCCGUCAUGCAAAAGACGAACAAGCACCAAAGGAUUUUGUUAGAUAUCCACCUCGACCAACCCUGCCACUGUCGCAAUCCUACGCGGAUUUCCAAGAAUGGCAGCCGCCACCCCCUCCUCCACGGCCAGCGAAAAAGACCUGGCCAACGCCGGCUGAACCGAUCACCCAGCCGAAUGAUCCAGCUAUUCCUGUAGGAUGGACUUGCGAGGACCCGGAUUUGGACCCUUACGACUUCAAUGCACAGAUUGCACGAUGUGAUGAGCGAAUCGCCAAUAGGAUCCUGCCAGAUGUCUUCCGGAUUAAGAAGAAAGCUUUGGAAGCGCGCAAAGCCGAGAUGGAUGCCGUGAUUGAAGCAGAGAAGGCGUCGCCCUCUCUCAAUCGGAAAAUCAUCAUGCGCCUUCGACAGUUGGAGGAGAUGGAACGACAGAUCGCGGCGAAAGGCGAGGAUAAGCACGCACUUGGAGCCAACAUAAAAGCGCUGAUUCGUGCCUACCGGUCCGGAGAGUUAGGAUGGCACCUGGGGCUUGUGACUUACUGGUCGUAUGGCAAACAACUCUGCCAGCCACGACCAUUCCAUUAUUUCGAGUUUUUGGAAAUCAACAGGGUGGCCAAGGGACACUGCGGGUUCUGGGUUGAGGGCUUGUUUGGGAUGGAACUUCUGCCGCAAAUGGUCUGUCAGACACAGGAGGUUUUUCCACCCCCAGGGGAAUGGCUCCGAGAUAUGUACAUGACUGUGCGAAGUCCCUACAAUCAGCCCGCAGAGUGGCAAUUCAUGUUCACCGAGGACACCGGGUCUUCCGUCACAACGAUGUACGACUUCGACAUGGAAAUUUUGGGACACCCGGUACUUCUUUUGCCACCGAUGUUAUGUGCAAUACAGCUUAUCAAUGCCGGUGGUGGUACAGGAGUCUUGACAGUCCUCAGGGCUGUAGAAGUCAACAUGAGGGCGGACAACACGGGCCAGUUGAUGACUGCGUGGGACUGGAUCCCAGUUGGUGUGUAUGAUACAGCGUCCACGAGUUGGCCGUGGCCACCCCGACUGAGCGGCCCAUAUCCACGCUACAAGUUGUACAUGGGAUCAUGCCCCGACGGGACCGGCAGAUCCUGGUUUUUCAAUCAGAAAAGGGGGUUCAACGACGUGAUCCCAACCAUCGCAAACGUUCAACAGGCCCUCAGACCAGAUGUUCCCGGAACCACUCCAAUGUGGACUGCUUAUGGCCAGACGGUGCCAAAGCAGGCCAUAAGAACUCAACCGGGCUGGAUCAACACACCUGGAGCAACAGUUCCUAUAGGUCGAGCAAAAGAGGCCCCUCCCCUUGUUCCCGUGGCUCCAAAUCCGUAUCAUCCUAUGAUGCGACAGCCACCACCUCCACAGCAGCUGAGGCUUCCUGCAGAUGGGGCUUGA